GCGGGGGACUGCGGUGGAGCUGGUGAGUGCUCCCGGACACCUUCUUGUCGUGUCCCGCCCGGACUCGCCUCCGGGCUGGGGCCCGGUGGCUUCCCUGGUCCCCGCGGUGGAGAUCGGGCCCGGGCCCGGAGGUACGUUGGCUCCAUCCUCCUCCGGCCGCCUCGCCCCGGCUUCGCUGACCCCGGAGCGCCCGGCCGCUGAGACUGAGCCCUGGGGUUCGAGUCCGUGUCUUCACUUUGUGUCCGACUCCGCGGGGACAGAAGAAGGGAUUUGGGUCCCGGCACCGGCCCUGGCCCCCUGGCAGCCAGGAGGGACACCCCAGAACCCUGUCGAGAUGGCCGGGUGCUUCCUGCUUCCUGGUCCCCACGGUGGCUUCGUGGCUAGUAGUGCGGGGACGUCGCCUCCUUCGCCUCGGGACUCCAAGUGUGGAAACUGAGGCACAUCAGGGGUGGGGCCGCCAAAUGGGGAAGGAAAAGAAAUGUCAUUCUGCAGAGAAUUAUUGUUGGUGACGAAACCGGACUUGUUUGGGGCUGGGGAAUAAGAAUUAGGCUGAGUUAGCAGGAGUUGCCCUUUGGUCGGAAACCCAGCCCCUUUUGAUAGCGUGGUACCUAGGUCCGGAAGCACUGCCUCUCUGUCGCCCUAGCGAUCACACCCAGUCUGAUGUGAAAAGUGGUGAAGGUACAAAGUAAGAAAAUUGAAGUCAAAGACCAUGGGCGAUGCAGCAAAACCUUACUUUGUGAAGCGAAGUAAAGACCGUGGAAUUAUUGAUGAUGAUGAUUUCAGAAGGGGUCAUCCCCAACAAGAUUAUUUAAUAAUGGAUGAUUAUGCUAAAGGCCAUAGCAGUAAAAUGGAAAAAGGCCUUCCAAAAAAAAAGAUAGCACCUGGGAACUAUGGGAAUACCCCCAGGAAAGGACCAUAUGCUGUUUCCAGCAAUCCAUAUGCAUUUAAAAACACAAUUUAUAGUCAACCUGCUUGGAUGAAUGACAGCUAUAAAGAUCAAGCUAAGAGAUGGCUAUCCGAUGAACUUACUGGUAAUUCAGAUAACUGGAGAGAAUUCAAGACUGGACCUAGAAUACCUAUCCUAAGCCAGGCAAGGAAAGAAUCCUUUCAAGAAAGUGAAGAUGGGUAUAGGUGGCAAGAUGGAAGAGGCUGCCGAACUGUUAGACGAUUCUUUCAUAAAGACCUAACCAGCCUAGAACCCAUGUCAGAAAUGGAAGCAGGAAGUCCCGAAAACAAGAAACAGCGGUCCAGGCCCCGGAAGCCACGGAGGACUAGACAUGAGGAAAAUGAGCAAGACGGCGAGUUGGAAGGCCCUGUGAUUGAUGAGUCUGUACUUUCAACAAAGGAGCUGCUAGGCUUACAACAGGCUGAAGAGCGGCUGAAGAGAGAUUGCAUUGACAGGCUACAAAGGCGACCACGAAAUUGCCCUACAGCAAAGUAUACCUGCAAACUCUGUGAUGUUUUGAUUGAGUCCAUCCCUUUUGCUCAUAAGCAUAUCAAAGAGAAGAGGCAUAAGAAGAACAUCAAGGAGAAGCAGGAGGAAGAGUUGCUCACUGCGUUACCCCCGCCAGCACCCUCCCAGAUAAGUGCAAUUGGUGAAGCUAUUGACAGAGUGGUACAAGAGUUCGGUUUACACAGUGAGAACUUGGAUCAGAGGCUAGAAAUUAAACAUACCAUGGAAAAUGUGUUCCAGCACAAGUUACCAGAUUGCGCUCUAAGAUUAUAUGGAUCUUCGUGUAGCAGGCUGGGUUUCAAAAAUUCAGAUGUAAACAUUGACGUUCAAUUUCCAGCUAUUAUGUCUCAGCCAGAUGUCCUCUUACUUGUUCAAGAAUGUUUAAAGAACAGUGACUCGUUUAUUGAUGUUGAUGCUGAUUUCCAUGCAAGGGUGCCAGUGGUGGUGUGCAGAGAAAAGCAAAGUGGUCUUCUGUGUAAAGUGAGUGCAGGGAAUGAAAAUGCUUGUCUGACAACAAGGCACUUAACAGCCCUUGGAAAACUAGAACCAAAGCUGCUUCCUUUGGUGAUUGCAUUUAGAUACUGGGCAAAGCUUUGCAGUAUUGAUCACCCUGAAGAAGGGGGCCUGCCACCCUAUGUGUUUGCCCUGAUGGCCAUUUUUUUUCUUCAACAAAGGAAAGAACCUCUUUUGCCAGUUUAUCUAGGAUCAUGGAUUGAAGAAUUCUCAUUAAAUAAAUUAGGGAAUUUCAGUCUUAAAGAUAUUGAGAAAGACUCUGUGGUCUGGGAAUACACUGAUAAUACUGCAGGGGACACCAGCACAGCAAAAGAGGAGGCGCCAAGAGAGACGCCAGUGAAGAAGGGGCAGGUGCCAUUGAUAUUUAAUAUAAAACACCAGCCUUCAGUACCAGUUGGACAACUCUGGGUGGAACUGCUGCGAUUCUAUGCUUUAGAGUUUAAUUUGGCUGAUUUAGUGAUUAGUAUCCGUGUCAAAGAAUUGAUAUCCCGGGAAUCAAAGGAUUGGCCCAAAAAGCGCAUAGCCAUUGAAGACCCCUAUUCUGUUAAAAGGAAUGUGGCAAGGACCCUAAAUAAUCAACCUGUGUUUGAGUAUAUACUUCAUUGUUUAAGAACAACAUAUAAAUAUUUUGCUCUUCCACACAAAGUUGCAAAAUCCAGCCUUCCAAAGCCUCUGAGCCCAACUGCAUGCAUUUCAGAACAUUCUAAAGAAGCAGAAAAUUGUGACCCAGACCUCCAAGCAAAAGAUAAUAAACUGGAAAAUUCAGUUUUGGUUCAAGGUCCUGGUGCUAUUACCACUUCAAGUGCCUGUAAGGCACAGCCACUUACUCUUGAAGAGACUGCCGAGAAUUUUGGCAGCCCCCUGGAGAAGGAAAUGGGAAAUGUCCACAUCGAUAUUCAUGCGGGAAACUCAGGCUGUAUCCAGGUGGAGGUCAGUUAUGAGGAUUAUAUGGAUGUUACAGUAAAACAUCAAGAAACAGGAAGUGAAAAUGAGAAAGAGAAAACCAGAAGGAAGGGCAAGCAUCCUUUGACCACUGAUAAUCAAGGUUUAAGCAGGAGCAAGCUCCUAGAACUUCAAACCUGUGGCCGCACAUGUAAUUAUGAGGCAGAGAGCACUUUGGAUUUAGUAGGGUUCCGUAAUCCUACAGCUAAAGAGGGUGAUUUACUUGCUUCUUUAGAUAACAAGGCUUAUGUUAAUCAAAGUAUAGAAGAUACUGAUGAGCUAGAAGAUUCUCUAAACCACUUUGCCCCUUUAGUCCCAAGUCAGACAUCAGACAUCAUUCACUUUGAUGAGGAGGAGGAGGAGGAGGAAGAGGAAGAGGAAGAAGAGGAGCCAAGGCUCAGUAUUAACCAAAGGGAAGAUGAGGAUGGCAUUACUAAUGAAGAUGAGUUAGAUAACACGAACACUGGAUCAGGGGAUGAGGAUGCCCAGUCUAAAGAUGAUGAUGAAUUAGUUGAGCCUGCUAAGUAUGAAGAUUUGAAAGAUUAUGGAAAACAUGCGGAUGAAGCUCUGCUCAAAGACCUUGAUAAAAUAAGUCUUAAAGAAGAAAAUGUUUCUGAGGAAAAUUCACGUGGGGACCAGUCUGAUUUCUUCUAUGAAUUUAGAAAACUUACCUUCACCAAAGGCAAGUCUCCCACAGUAGUGUGCAGCUUGUGCAAGCGAGAAGGUCAUCUGAAAAAGGACUGUCCUGAAGACUUCAAAAGAAUCCAGCUGGAACCCUUGCCGCCACUGACACCCAAGUUUUCAAAUAUCUUAGAUCAAGUUUGCAUCCAGUGUUACAAGGACUUUUCUCCAACUAUUUUAGAAGAUCAGGCUCGUGAACAUAUUCGACAAAAUCUAGAAAGUUUCAUAAAACAGGACUUCCCAGGAACUAAAUUGAGUUUGUUUGGCUCUUCCAAAAAUGGAUUUGGGUUCAAACAGAGUGACCUUGAUGUCUGUAUGACAAUUAAUGGACAUGAAACUGCUGAGGGUUUGGACUGUGUAAGAACUAUUGAAGAACUGGCAAGAGUCCUCAGAAAGCAUUCAGGUUUGAGGAACAUCCUACCUAUCACAACAGCAAAAGUGCCAAUUGUGAAGUUCUUCCAUUUGAGAAGUGGUCUAGAAGUGGAUAUCAGUUUGUAUAACACAUUGGCCCUCCAUAACACAAGGCUUUUGUCUGCUUACUCGGCCAUUGACCCCCGAGUGAAGUAUCUGUGUUACACCAUGAAGGUGUUUACAAAGAUGUGUGACAUUGGCGACGCAUCGAGAGGCAGCUUGUCAUCAUAUGCAUACACUCUUAUGGUGCUAUAUUUCCUUCAGCAGCGGAACCCACCAGUCAUCCCUGUCCUUCAAGAGAUAUACAAAGGUGAAAAGAAACCUGAGAUACUUGUCGAUGGCUGGAAUAUUUAUUUCUUUGAUCAAAUAGAUGAACUGCCUACCUGUUGGCCAGAAUAUGGGAGAAAUACAGAAUCUGUUGGGCAGCUGUGGUUGGGACUCCUUCGUUUCUACACAGAAGAAUUUGAUUUUAAAGAACAUGUAAUCAGCAUUAGGAGAAAAAGUCUGCUUACAACUUUUAAGAAGCAGUGGACCUCAAAAUACAUUGUUAUUGAAGAUCCCUUUGAUUUGAAUCAUAAUCUUGGCGCUGGAUUAUCAAGGAAAAUGACAAAUUUUAUAAUGAAAGCUUUUAUCAAUGGUAGAAGAGUAUUUGGAAUCCCAGUCAAAGGAUUUCCAAAGUACUAUCCCUCAAAAAUGGAAUACUUUUUUGAUCCAGAUGUACUAACUGAAGGAGAACUGGCCCCAAAUGACAGAUGCUGCCGAAUUUGUGGAAAGAUUGGACACUUCAUGAAGGACUGCCCCAUGAGAAGAAAAGUGAGGCGACGGCGAGAUCAGGAAGAUAAUCUAAACCAAAGAUACCCCGACAACAAGGAAAAAAGAAGCAAAGAGGACAAAGAAAUUCAAAACAAGUACACAGAAAGAGAGGUGUCAGCAAAAGAAGAAAAGCCGGUGCAGUGUGCAGCCCAGAAAGCCAAGCCAGCAAGGGCAGCUGUUGAGCUGGGGAGGGAGAAGAUACUCCGGACACCGGUGGAGAAAUGGAAGAGACAGGAUGACAAAGACUUACGAGAAAAGCGUUGUUUCAUUUGUGGACGAGAAGGACACAUUAAAAAGGAAUGCCCACAGUUUAAAGGCUCUCCAGGUUUGACUAAGUCAGAUUAUGUGUUUGGACACCCUUCACGUAGCCCUUUGAGACCAACUGAUACCUUUGUUCAGGCAGUGCUUUUACAUGAAGACAAAAAGAAACAAAAAACAACUGUAGUUUUGGGUCCCCAGUCAGGAGUCACCGAAAGAGUCUGUGACAGGAGUGGUAUGGAGAGCAGGAAAGCACUCAAAGGAGAGGUAGCCUUUCCAGUAAACUUAUGACUCAGGGAAAAGCCUCAUCGAAGAGGACCCAACAUGAAUCAUGAGGGAAGGAAAAUGCAGAGCACUCUAAAUGGCCUCAAGGUUCCCUGUCCACUUGGAAAACUAGGUUCAUUUCACAGGACACAGCAACAUAGAUCGGGCUUCAACUUAACAGUUGAGGGAAAUGUUGGAAUUUUUUUAACUUAAUUAAAUUGUUAAUGAGGGAAAAAAUUUUUAAUAGUCUUACCUACCAUCAAUCCCUAAAGGUUUAAGGAUUUUAAUAGAAAGCCAUGAUGUAUUUAAGCCAAGUUAGAAGGAAAAAUGUAACUAUGGGCCAGUAUUCGAUGACUACAGCUUCAUGGUUUUUAAUUCUUUGAAAGCACACUAAAUAGUGUGCUACUAAACCCCACAUAAAUGAAUCCUCCUUUCCCCUGUAAAUCCCUCUUUUGUUUCAAAGAGGGGACAUUCUAUUUAUUGUUACUGCUGAAUCCUCAUAUGGAUGCGUAUCAAAUCUCUGUGAACUGCUACUGCUGUACUUAGGGUCUCCACAUUCGUUCAUUGUCCAGAAGUGCUAACAGGAGUGUGAGUAGUUAGUGAGCUCGGGGGACCUCAGGGCCCGAGAUGGCUCUGGGGUUUCCUUCUGUAAUCUUAAGUGAACUCAUAAAAAUGAAAUCAUGAAAACAAGUAGUCUGUUUGCGGAUUUCACAAACAAAAAAAUUUUCUAAGGAGAAAAUGACAGAAUAAAAGUGCUUUUUACUUCUUAUGAUACUCAGAAAUUAGGGUGGAGCGCUUUUACAAACCUCUGAAAAUCAAAGAGGCUGCUGUCUACCAAUCACAAGUUUGAUUGGAAUCCUUCUGGGUCUGACUGGAGCCCUCUCUGAACUGUUUCUCUAACUUCACAGGCCUUUCUGAAAUAGUACAUAGAACUAUGCCUCGGUUUAUUUAUCAUUUUGAAAUAAAUUCGACAUUUCAACCUGUAAUCUUAUCCACAUUAUUUUCUGGUGAAAGAGCCCUAAGUUUCUUUAGAACAAUAAAUCACAGACGGGAUAAUAUGUACCUCUUCUUUGACAUCUUGUAUACCGUUCCCUUUGAUGUGUGCAGUGGUCUGUGGUGUUCAUUGAUGCCUGUGUGCCCGGUCCUGGGAGGAGUGUACAAGACAGGGCUGAGAGCAGUGAAUGCUGUGUGAGAAGAUUUGGAAGACACAUAUGUACACUUCUGUUUUUAGCUACAGAAGAAUCAUCAAAAUUAAGAAAUUGAGAAUUUGGAAAUCAUGGAAAAAAAUAAAAAUGGUGAUCAGUUGGAA